UCUACGCGCAACUAUGUCGGGAGGCUGGAAUACUAUCGAGUCUGAUGCUGGUGUGUUUACAUACCUCAUCGAGAAGCUCGGUGUUAAGGGCGUCGAGUUCGAAGAACUCACCUCUCUCGACGCUACGGCCCUACAAGCCCUCGGUACCCUUUACGGCGUGAUCUUUCUGUUCAAAUACCCCACGGGCGAGAAACCCAGCGACGUACCGAAAGAUGGCACCUACGACCAUGAGGCGGCAAACACCCUCUUCUUCCCCGCGCAAACAAUACAAAACGCAUGCGGUACACAGGCAAUAGUCUCGCUUUUGCUGAAUCGAGAAGAGGAGGUCGAAAUCGGCAAGGAGCUGAAGGAGUUCAAGGAAUUCGCUGGUGACUUUCCACCAGAGCUACGUGGAGAAACACUCUCAAACUCGGACCUCAUCCGCGAAACCCACAACUCGUUUGCGCGAUCUUCACCCUUUGUCGACGAAACACAGCGAACGGCCACCGAGGAUGACGACGUCUUCCACUUCAUCGCUUACACAAGUAUAAACGGCAAACUGUACGAACUUGACGGCCUCCAACCAGCCCCUAUCCUCCACGGCGCCUGCACACCUACAGAAUUCCCCAGCAAAAUAAUUCCUGUCCUCCAACGCCGCAUUGCCCGUUAUCCCGCCACAGAAAUCCGCUUCAACCUCAUGGCUUGCUGUCGCGACCUGCGUAUCCGCGCACGCGAAAUCGGCGACGAGGACGAACUCGAAGAGCAGGAGGACAAGCGCGCCAAGUGGCUGUGGGAGAACUCGUUAAGGAGGCAUAAUUUCGUAGGAUUUGUGGGAGAGUUGCUGAAAGGCGUUGUGAGGGCGAAGUUGGACGCGGGUGAAGGCGAGUAUGAGUCGUGGGUUGAGGAGGCCAAGGGCAGGAGCAGCAAGAGGAGAGAGGAGCUGAGGAAGCAAGGCAUCGCUGAGGAUUGAGCUGUUGGAGUGUGGUCAUAGUAUAUGAUCGGGAGAGACGAAGAAUGGGUUUGUGUAUAAUGAUGUUGCAUGGGACAAUCUGUUGGAUACAAAUCUGAUAAUGAUGAAGAUCUGUCUACUCAACUACCAGAGUAUCCGUAAUACCGAGUCAUCUUCCAGUUUACUCUGUUCACCUCCAUGGUACACAUCUACUAUCAUGGUUACAGAUACUCAGGGAAGCGCCCACAAAACUUGUCUCGGAGUCUAAGCACACUUUUCUGUCAUGACACAG